AUGGACUCUAAAACCUUUACUGAUUAUGUAAGGAGACUUGACGCAAAGUUUAAUGCUGAGGGUAGAAAAGUUGCACUAAUCAUAGAUAACUGCCCAGCUCAUCCUAAUGUUGAAAAUCUCAAAGCAAUUCAAUUAGUAUUUUUACCACCAAACACAACCUUCAAAACGCAACCAAUGGACCGGGGAGUCAUAAGAGCGUUGAAGACUUUUCAUCGCUCGAAUGUUGUGAGGCGUCAGAUAAAAUACAUCGAUGCUGGUAAAACGACCCUAAAUAUCAACAUUCUUGAAGCUAUGAGCAUGUUGGUCAAGUCAUGGGAUGCUGUAUCGACUAAUACUGUAAUAAAUUGUUUUAGAAAAGCAGGCAUCUUAAAGGAAAUUCCGGUUGCAAGUAUAAAUGGUGAAGAAGAUCCUUUUGAAUUGCUUGAAGAAAACGUCAAAGAGCUUAUAUCACGUGGCUUAGUAGAGAAAGAUUUUGCUGUUGAAGAUUACGUAAACAUAGAUUUUGAUAUUUGUACAAGCAAAGCAAUCGCUAUCACAGAUCGAGAAAUUCUGGAUUUUAUUUUAAUCAACGAUUGUGCUAAGUUAGAUGAGGAGAUAGACGAAGAGCAGCUGUGGUAG